AUGUGCAAUCGACGGCGAGAAACUGCGAGGAGAGGAGUCAUUACAAUCUCGACGCUCCGAGUGACACUAGAAGGAAGCCAACCCCGUGAAGCCAUGGCUUCUUCGUCUCCGCGACGCGUCAGAAUGUCCGUCCCGUCGACCACGUGGCUCUCGUCCUCCUCCCACGUGGUCAUCGCCGCGCUUCUCUGCCUCAUUGCGGCGCGUGCUGCUGCUGCGGAGUGCCUGGUUGGUUCCGGAUUCUACGGAGUCGAUUGCACCGCGUGCCCUGUGUGUCAGAAUCUUGGCACGUGCAAGGAUGGGCCUGAUGGCGAUGGCACGUGCGCCUGCCCGCCCACCACCACGGGGCCUCUCUGCGAGCUCUGCGCGCCCAACUACGACCCCGACACCAAGUGCACCACCAUUCUGGACGCCUGUGCAACGUAUGUCAAUGACACGGCUGCAGACGACAGCGCGUUCGCCAAGUGGUGCAAGAUGCGACCCAAUGGGGACUGCAUUACUGAUUUUGAUGCCGUGCCGACCCGCUCGACUUGCGGGUGCCAGGCCGGAUACACCUUUGAUGAGGAGACUCAAACAUGUCUUGAUAUCAACGAAUGCAAGCUGAGGCCUUGUGUGGAUGUGAAGAACUCUGUUUGCAUCAACCUGAAGCCCGCGAUUCUCGGGCUCGACCGCGCGACGAUUCGCUCGUUCCCCGUUUUCACGUAUCGCGGCUCGGACGGUUUAGACGGUCUAGGGAGUGAUGGGCUUCUAAUGGCGGAAAACGGUCGUUCUGGUUACCCCGCAGCUUGCGCCGAGAAUUGCGGGGAAAAUUGCGGCGAAAAUUGCGGGGGUCCUCUCGCAAACGACCGCGUAGCGAUUACUGUCGGCAGCGACUCGGGGAAUCUUCGGGAUGAGAGCGCGGCAAGCACUGCGGCAACGAUUGGCCGCGGAAGCUGGUGCGAGAGCCUUCCGCGCGGGCCUGGGCGCGUGGAGAGGCUUACGCGCGAGUGCGCGGUGUGCCUGGGCGAGUACGCGGCGGGCGAGCGCAUCAAGGUGGUGCCGGCGUGCGCACACGGCUUCCACGCCGACUGCAUCGACCUCUGGCUCGCCGCCAAAACCACCUGCCCCAUCUGCCGCCGCGACCUCCGCGGCCCCGCCACUGCUCCCGCGCAAGAAAACGACUCGCGCGCGGAGAAUGACCCGCCGGCGGGCCCCAUUAUCCCCACCGUCCCCACCGUCCCCACCAUCCCCACCAUCCCCACCAUCCCCACCAUCCCCACCGUCCCCACCAUACCCACCGUCCCCACCAUCGCCACAAUCCCCACCAUCGCCGUUCAAGAGAGCAACUCUUAA